CUCUUGGUGGAAGCCGAUACCGGGCUGCGAGCCCUAUUCUAUCAGCCUUAUGUCCGAUGGCUUAACCACACCACGACCGAGGCCGGUGGAAAGGGAAGCAACUCUAUUGACAAAACAAGAAUGGCAGGUUGGGCAAAGCGUCAAGUUUGCGGUGUCCUGCUAGAUAUAACUGGAGUUUUGUAUGACAGCGGUCCAGAGGGAGGGACGGCAAUCAGCGGGUCGGUGGAGGCGGUUAAAAGACUAAAGGCAAGUAGUCUUCCAGUGCGGUUCUGUACAAACGAAACACAGUGUACAAAGAGGAUGCUGGUUGACAAGCUACAGCAUCUCGGCUUCACCAUGUCCGAGAACGAAGUCUUCCCACCCGCACCGGCCAUGUGUCACAUCCUUAAACAGAGAAACCUCAGACCUCACCUGUUGGUGCAUCCAGAUGCAUUACCAGAUUUCAGUGCCUGCGACAGGAGCAAUCCAAACUGUGUUGUCAUUGGUGAUGCUGCUGAUGAGUUUUCGUACAAAAAUGUCAACGAUGUGUUUAGGUUGCUGGUAUCUCUGGACAAACCUGUUCUCUUCUCUCUAGGAAAAGGGAAAUACUACAAGGAAAACAAUAAGCUGUGCCUGGACGUGGGACCCUACAUGAAAGCAUUAGAGUAUGCCUGUGACCUCGAGGCUGAAGUUGUUGGGAAACCGUCUGCCGCUUUCUUUGAAGCUGCCGUACAGGACAUGGGCGUAGAACCCGGUCAGGUUGUCAUGGUUGGUGACGAUGUUGUCAAUGAUGUUGGUGGAGCGCAGGCAUGUGGGAUCCGAGGUGUGUUAGUGAGAACAGGCAAAUACAGGCCUCAAGAUGAGAAGCACCCAACGGUAAACCCGGAUGGAAUAGUUGACGACCUUGCUCAAGCUAUAGACAGUUUACUCGAAGGUCGAUGAAACACAUUAGAUUCGUUUGGAUUCUGGAUCAUAUACCGUGAAACCUCUGAAAACUCGAAUUCACUCAUAAUUGGACACAUUUCGUGAUCCAUUUUUGAAUAUCAAUACAGAACAGAGCCUUUCUAAACCGGACACUCCUUAUAACUUGGUGUCUGGUUUAGAGGGGUUUCACUGUACCACUAGGUUCCAUUAACAGGGACGUGAGAGGGGCUGGAACAAAAAUGAUUACUGUGGCCGGGGUCCAGGGGCUGCUGUACGGCCCCAUAAGGAAAAUUGUUAUUUGCAACAUAUGGAACUGCCAAAAAUUGCAUUCAAUGCUAACAGAUCUAAACUGGUUAUGACUUGUAAUAUAAGGCACACAUCAUAAACUUGAAAACAUGAAAACAUGCAAAUGAACCAUGUGUGGUCAACAGUAUUGAACAUAAUGUUUUUGGUUUUUAGACGAAAUGGAAAAGCGCAUUUCCGCGUAGCUCUCACAUCCCUGCAUUAAGUAAUUUGUUGUAUGGAGUACUAUAACCAGCAGGAUGCCCUUUCCAAUUGUGUAGUUCGUGUAUUACAGAACACAUCCCUGCAUUAAGUAAUUUGUUGUAUGGAGUACUAUAACCAGCAGGAUGCCCUUUCCAAUUGUGUAGUUCGUGUAUUACAGAACACAUCCCUGCAUUAAGUAAUUUGUUGUAUGGAGUACUAUAACCAGCAGGAUGCCCUUUCCAAUUGUGUAGUUCGUGUAUUACAGAACACAUCCCUGCAUUAAGUAAUUUGUUGUAUGGAGUACUAUAACCAGCAGGAUGCCCUUUCCAAUUGUGUAGUUCGUGUAUUACAGAACACAUCCCUGCAUUAAGUAAUUUGUUGUAUGGAGUACUAUAACCAGCAGGAUGCCCUUUCCAAUUGUGUAGUUCGUGUAUUACAGAACACAUCCCUGCAUUAAGUAAUUUGUUGUAUGGAGUACUAUAACCAGCAGGAUGCCCUUUCCAAUUGUGUAGUUCGUGUAUUACAGAACACAUCCCUGCAUUAAGUAAUUUGUUGUAUGGAGUACUAUAACCAGCAGGAUGCCCUUUCCAAUUGUGUAGUUCGUGUAUUACAGAACACAUACCAUGCAUUAUGUUGGUCAGGCGGGAUGAGUGAGCAACUUGGCACCGACACCCCUACUUUUGACAAUGAAAUGGACUAACAAUAUUGUACCUGUUGUGUUGCUAAUACACAUGUAUUCCAGUAAGCAGGUCAAUUCUCUCCUCUUAUUUGAUAUUUAAUACAACAAUAUCACCUCACCAUAUUAUAACAUUUUAUCCAGCAAUCACUGUAUGCAUGGGCAAGAUAUGACUAGAUAAAUCUCUAUAUUUUCGGUCACUAACCAAAAAUAUAGGCCAUGUGACAUAAGCCCAACUCGACUCGAGUAUUUCAGAGUAGAUUUUCAAUACACAUACUUGUUAAAUUAUUUGUUGAAGUGCAGUAAAUAAAAAUAACUUUUAGUUUUGCGAUAACAAUACGAAACUUGUAUAUUUAUUUAUGAAUUAGUUUAGAAACGCUUUUUUAUUGCGACAGAAUGUAGCUAGCUUCUGACAAAUAAUGACGUUGUGCAUCUUGUAUGACGUCAUACGGCAAAAGCCUUGCUAGGUUGACAAUACUCUAUUUGCAUACAUAAAACACGAAUAAAUAAUGAUUUUCCGAAUAUUCCUGUAGGAUUGCAGGAUAAAAGAAAUAUCUGGUGACGGUCUUAAGAUACCGGCUUUAUUCUGCUCAGGUCGAAUGGCGAAUUCAGCUCGGCAGUGUCGCUACAUUUGCCAUUUUAACCUUCACAGGAUAAAGCUGAUAUCUUAAGACAGUAACCAGUUAGUCCCUAUAUAAACCAAUGCAAAAUAUAACCAGUUUUAAUAAAAUAUUUUCCCAUAUUGUUUGUUGCACCAAUGCAUAUGAUUUUUAUUUCCUUGGUUAUUAGUGCCUGCUGGUGUAAUAAUUACAUGUAUUGUAAUCGGGAUGAAAUGUGUAUUUUGAAAUGUGAAAAUAUAUAAAUAUGUGUAAAACAUAAAAAUGUGUGCAAUAAAUCAUUUGUCAUG